UGAAAGUAGGCAAGUAUGUCUUUGGAGAAUGAUUAUGAACUAAGAGCAGUGAAGACAACAGAUGCUUCUGUCGAAUUUGGGAGGAUACUGGCCAGUCCUUCAAGAGGACAUGAAGUUGUCAUCAGCGGUAUAUCGGGAAAAUUCCCAAACUGUGACAAUAUUCAGCAGUUCAAAGAAAAUUUAUUCAACAAAACUGAUAUGGUAUCAAGUGAACAUAAAAGAUGGGAUAUCAUUGAUCCAGACGUUCCAUCUCGAAUGGGCAAUCUUCUGGGAAUUGAUAAAUUUGACGCUGGAUAUUUUGGGAUUCAUCACAGGCAAGCAACUUCUAUGGACCCAAUGAUAAGACUAAUUUUGGAAAGGGUCGUAGAAGCUAUAUUUGACGCUGGAUUGAAUCCUUCGGAUUUGAAAGGAUCAGAAACAGGGGUUUUCGCCGGAGCCUGGUUAAGGGAAAACGAGCAAUUGAGGAAUCAGGAAAAACUACAUGCCCAACAGUUUGCCAUAACUGGCUCGGAGCGCUCCAUGCUUGCUAGAAGAAUCAGUUACUUCUUAAAAUUGAAAGGCCCUUCAUUUGCAUGCGACACCUCGUGCAGUACGUCACUAUACUGCUUGCAGCAUGCCUACACGGCGUUAAGAAUGGGCCAAUGUGAUCAAGCCAUCGUGUGCUCCGCAAAUCUGAUUCUACUUCCGUUUUAUACACAGCAAUUUGGGAGACUGGGUCUUUUAAGCAAGGACGGCAAAUGCAAAUCAUUUGACGACAAUGCCGAUGGUUUCGUCAGAGCAGAAGCCAUUAUAGCGAUGUUUCUUCAAAAGUCCAAAGAUUCGAAACGCAUUUACGCAACGGUGGUUCAUGCGAAAGGAAAUUCUGACGGAUUCAAGGAUGCAGGCAUCCUGUUUCCCUCGCGAGAACUGCAAACGCAACUGUUAAAGGAAUUUUACCAAGAAUGCCAAUGGGUUAAAGCAUCUGAUAUCUCAUUCUUGGAAGGUCACGUUACAGGUACGAGAGCUGGUGAUCCUGAGGAGGUGAAUACCAUAGAAGAUGCUUUGUUGAAGCAAAGAUCUUCACCAUUGCUCGUAGGAUCUGUUAAAUCCAAUAUGGGUCACGCUGAAAGUGCUGCGUCUUUAUGUUCAGUGGCAAAGGCAAUUAUAGCUUUCGAAACGAACAUCAUCCCUCCCAACCUUCACUACAAUACACCUCGUGGUGGCUUAAAAGUUUUGAAAGACGGUAGAUUGAUAGUGGUGACCGAGAAAACACCUUUGCCAGGCCAAUCCGGCUUAAUCGGUGUCAAUGGUUGGGGUUUUGGCGGAAGCAACGCUCACGUCUUAUUGAAACAGUUCACCAAACCAAAAAGAUCUGCUAAAAUGUUGAAAGAGGGAGAGUUAUUAUUGGUAUGCGUUAGCGGACGUACCAAAGAGUCGGUUACUGCAUUGCUCGACGAUGUUAUUGCAAACGGAAUAGAUAGAGAACAAAUCGCGUUGUUGUACAAUAUUUUCAAGACCAACGUUGACGGUCAUCUCUAUAGAGGGUUUUCGCUGGUAUCAAAAUUAGGUGAAACUUUGCGAUCUAUUAGUUUUACUAGAAGUCGCAAAACGCCUAUAGUGUUUGUAUUCACUGGACUACAGAACUUAUCCCACGAAUCACUGCAUCAACUGAUACAUAUACCCUGCGCAUCUGAUACAAUUCAACGAAUAUCGGGUUACACAAAAGAUAAUGAGUGCUUUGGCAGCAUAUCGAACGAUAUAUCAAUCAACCUGCCAAUCAUAGAUGUCCUUAAGGAAGUAAAAAUUGAACCACAAAAAAUUAUCGACAGGUCCAUUGGGGCAUUGGCUUCUUCGUAUUUUCGAAAUGAUAUUACUCUGGAGGAGGCACUUGAUUAUGUCGUAAAGAACAAUAGCUUUAAAUCUAAACAAUUGAGGCCCUUGGUUGCGCAGACGAGUAAGAACGUUCUUCAAGAGGAAUUGGCCAGUUUCAUACGACAAAUCAAACAACGCGGAGAAGUCUCAGGGACACUGAUCAUUGAAGUAGGCAAUCAUAAUAUUUGUGAAGCAUUACAAAAAGGAAUGGAUUUCACCAACUGUAGUUUCAUGCAAAUUACAGGUAUGACAGAACUGUUUUCUGCAAUUGGUAGAAUGUACGAACUCGGACACAACGUCCAACUGCAAAAUUUAUUCCCGAAAGUAAAGUUUCCGGUCAGCCGCGGGACUCCGAUGAUAUCGCCUGCAAUUAAAUGGGAUCACACUAGAAACUGGUUCGUAAUGCGUCAGGUUCCAAAUGAGCACAAGUUAGAAGAGAAGACAUAUCGUAUAAUGCUAAGAGAUUCCAGUUACAAGUUCUUGGAAGGGCAUCAGAUAAAUGGGAGGAUCGUAUUGCCAGCUGCUAGCUAUCUGCAACUCGCUUGGGAAAUUCUAGCCCAAUUGUGCGGCACCCCGAUGUCAGAAAUGAACGUAGUAUUUGAAAAUUGUCAAUUUAAUUCUAUAUCGGAGGUUCCUGAAGAAGAACCUAUGUUAAUUUUGAAAGGGAUGCUUCUAAAAUCUGGAUAUUUUGAAAUUUUUGAAAAUAUGCGACCAGUUGUUACAGGACGGAUUUGCAUUCAUUUGAGUGAAGCUAAUUCUACGGAACUAGCUGCAAAUCUAGAUCGAUUUUUUGAUGGUCCGCUAAUGACCAACAAACAGAUUUAUAGGGAGCUGAAAAUGAGAGAUUACGGAUUUAAAGGCGAGUUUGCAAAGCUAGAAAAUUGUGACGUUGGUAUCGAAGUAGCCGAGACAACGUGGAACAACGACUGGGUCAGCUUUAUCAGCAACAUGUUGCAGUUGAGGCUGUUGCAAGAAGAAAACCGUAUGCCAAAAAUUCCCGAAUAUAUAGAAACAUUGACAGUGUGUGGUAAAAAUCACUUGGAUUACAUAAGUACCAUAGGAAAUAGGAUUAAAGUCCACGCUCCCAAAGAUAGCGCACUUAUCAAGUCAGGUGGUGUUGAAAUUAGAGGUGUCCGGCUUCGCUCUGUUCCAAGCAGAACUGUCCAGUCGCAAAAAUCGAUUUUGCAAAAAUAUUCGUUCGUUUCGCAUUUCGCUCACCUUUGUCGAACUCAGGCGGUACUGGUUACUCUUCAGAUUGUUAUAGAAAAUUCAGAAAACAUCAGGCCAUUGGUUGCUGUCGAAAUAACCUUAACGGACGACGAUAACGAUGUUGAUUUAAAAUCGAUUCGAGAAUUAAUCUGCAAUCUGUUGGUCGACCAGCGCGGUAUUCAACCAGACGUAAUAGUGUUAUCAGAAAAGAAGUUAAAUGCUAAAAUGGCUUUGAAGAAAAAUUCUACCCAAAAUUACAAUCUAGUCUUCGGAUCCGAAAUCUUGAGCAAAUUUCAAAUCCUGCAACCGGUUUUGAAACUGUUCAACCAAAACGUUUUUUUUAUAUCCAGAGAGCGUUUAGAGUUUGACAAAAGUUCUUGCGAUGCCCAGUACGUCGAUAUUAUCGCUUCCUUUAAAACAGAAUUGGAAAAUUUGGUACUUUUUCGAAAAUCGACCACUGCGGAUCCAGUAGCGGUUAUCGAAUUAUCAAAUAUAAGGCAAUUUGAGUGGUCCCCCAAACUAGAAAAAACUCUUAAAAAAGACGGCAACUUGUUACUUUAUUCCCAAAAUGAUGUCGUUGGUGUCAUAGGUUUGACCAAAUAUCUCAGACAUAACUAUAGCGGGCAAAACAUCAGAUGCGUUUGCGUUGUCGGUACAAAGUUGCACCACAACCAAGCUCUGGUACUGGAGCAACUCCAAAAGAAUCUAGUCAUCAACGUCUACAAAAAUGACCAGUGGGGCACGUACAGGUAUUUGAACCUUGAUUCAUCGCACACGGCAUCCGAGCACUGCUAUAUGGAACAGUUGCAGAGGGGCGAUUUAAAUAGCAUGUGCUGGAUUGAGGGGCCUCUAAAUGAUAGCAGGUUGUCUAAAUGUAAUCCAAAUAUUAUUAAGGUCCAUUUUGCAUCAAUUAACUUCCGAGACCUCUUAGACGCUGGAAUGAAAACUGUAAUGGAUGCUAAUUUUGGUAAUGGAAUACGGACUAAUACGCCGGUUUUUUGGGAGUAUUCAGGAAUCACAAUGAAAGGUGAAAGGGUCAUGGGGUUCAAAAAUGGUGGAAACAUCUCCACAAUUAUAAAACCCCACGAUUAUUUUAAAUGGCCGGUACCGAGAACUUGGGACUUGAAAGAUGCAACCACAAUUCCGGUUCAAUACGUCACUUGCCUAUACUCGUUUAUGGUGGCUAACCUUACACGGAACAAAUCUAUUUUGGUUCAUUCGGAAAACACAGGUAUCAAAUUAGCAGCAGUUCAUUUAGCUCUGCGUAUUGGAUGCACCGUUUUUACUACAGCUCGCAGUCAGCAGGAGAGAGAUUCUUUAAUCAGCCGUUUUCCUCUUUUGCUCGAUAAUCAUUUAAUGGAUUCAAAUCAUUUGAAUUUUGAGAUGCAGAUGAUGAAAGCGACCAGUUCGAAAGGGGUGAACUGUGUACUGAAUUCUUUAUCUGGUACAAAGAGAAUUGCUUCUAUUAGAUGUUUGGCAAAAGGUGGCGUGUUCUUGGAUACAACCGAACAAGAAUCGUCGAACAGUCUGUCGUUAGCGCUAUUUAGAAAGCAGGCAAGUUAUCACGGCAUUUUCCCGAAUCAACUCUUUAAAAUUCCCGAUAAAGAAAAAAUAAAGUUGAGGAAAGCUUUUCAAGAGUUGUUGGAUGAAGGGGAGGUAGUGCACCAGCAACAUAACGUUGUUGAAAUAGACAAGGUGGAGUCGGCUCUUCAAUUCAUAGAGUCGAAGGAAUUUGAUGAGAAAUUAGUUGUGCGAAUUAGUGAAGUAAAUGCGUCCAAAGAAAAAAGUCCGUUCGGAAUGAAAAUUCCGUGUCUCUCUAGGUAUUACUGUGACGGAGAUAAAUCUUAUAUAAUUUGCGAUCGUCGUGAUUAUGUUGGACUGGAGUUAGCUGAUUGGUUAAUAAGCCGGGGCUGCCGAAAACUUAUCUUGGCUCACCAAACUUGUGUUGGAAUUGCUUACCUAGCAUAUAGGACAAAAUUUUGGAAAAAAUAUGGCUGCACGGUCGAGACGUUCAGUCUUGAAUGCGACGAAUAUGAUAUUUCCACAUUCCAGGGCUGCGAGAAUCUUGUAAAUCGAGCAAAUAAAUUAGGACCAGUACAGGCAAUUUUCCACUUGACCACUGGAGCUACAUGUCUAGAAAAAGAUCAAGAAUUAGACGAACCAGUUCGCUCAAUUUUUAAUUCUAAAUUCAGUUCAAAAGUACGGGCGACCGAGUGUUUCGAUAUUGUUUCCAGAAAGCUGUGCCCAGAACUGAGGGACUUUGUGGUCUUCUCUUCGAUGGUCAGUGGAAGUAAACCAUGUUUUUUUGAAAUGGUCAACUACAUCGUAGAGGAGAUUUGCGAAAAGCGGCUUGCCCAAGGUUUUCCAGCCCUCGUAAUUCGGUCUGAUGAGCCUACGGAGAUUGAAAUGGGGAGUUUUACUAACGUAACCCAAGCUGAAAACGGAAUUUGCUUGAAAGUGUUAGACCAACUACUUCGGCAGAUCGACACUGCCAUUGUUUCCAGUACAAAGUUAACCGCAGGAAAUGCGAAUGGCAGGGAAACGGAUAGUAUUUUAAAAGCUGUUGCUGAUGUUAUAGGUCUUAAGGAUUUAAGAACAGUGAGCUUACAGGCGUCAUUUGCUGAACUAGGCGUAGACUCUAUUACCGCUCUCGAAGUGCAACAGAUCUUAGAAAAAUACUAUAGCAUUAAUCUUUCGGUACAGGAAAUUCAUAGUAUGACUUUAGCCAGGCUUCCAGAAAUUCCUAUUUCCAACAUUGAGAUUGACAGUAAAGGGUCGUCGAGCAAAUCUGAAGCUGUCAUGAAAAUGGUUCUAGAGGUGAUAGGGUCUCAACAACCUCCAGCUGCACCUAUAGUACAUAUUGAGAGCAAAGCAGUUAAUAAAGUGAAUUUGCCAUCCGUCAUACUGUUUCCCGGAAUCGAGGGUGCGGUCAGCGUUUUGUCUCCUUUAUACAAUAACUUGGAAGCUAGCUUUGUGGGAAUUCAGUACUGUAGCCACGAUCAACCAGAUAUAAUUGAAAAAAUGGCUUCGAAAUUUUUGCCGUUUGUGGAGAGAUGGAUGUCGCAGCCGUUUAAGAUAAUCUGUUAUUCGUUUGGAGUGAUUGUAGCUCUCGCAUUAGCGAAUAUUUUGGAAACCAAGGGUUACUGUGGCAGCAUAGUUUGUAUAGACGGAGCACCAGAUCAAGUUCGAGCCAUUGUUAACAUGUUGGAUCUUUCCUCGGAGCAACGCUUUCAAAAUCGCUUUUUGAACCAUAUGAAAAUGAAUCCGAAAAUUUCACUUUCGCUAGAGGAACAACGAAUUUACGCAUCUGCAGUGUAUAAACGAUACCUAGCUAUAUUGAGGUUCGAGCCGAUUUUUAAGUUGCACUCAUUAGUGACGCUGCUGAAGCCGACUCAAAGGAUUUUGAACAUCCAAAAAGAAGACUAUGGUCUUUCGAAUGUGUGCCGAAAUAAAGUAGUCAUCAAAGUAUUUGAAGGAACUCACGAGACCAUUUUGAAAAACCAGAAACUUUGGCAAUUUGUUGCCACAACUUUGAACAUCUGAAAUGUUUUUUUUAGAAAAUAAUUUCUUUUGAUGUGCUUGUUUCAUUUACUAACACACAAAAAACAUUUUAGAGUAUCUGCAUUAUUUAACGACAUCCUUCAACGAGACGUUUGUAACAGAUAAGUUCCCAUUAUAUUAAUUAUUUAGAUAAGCAUAAAAAAUAAUAGAUGUUUAUGUCACUUUCGUGAAACAAA